AUGAAGAAAACUAUUAUCAAGAUGCCUUCGGAGGAAGGGAAUGCUUCCUCGCAGUCGUCCAGCGGCGACACGAAGCGCAAGGUCAGCAUCAUCACCGAACCGGUCGUCGAGCGAUUAGGGCACGACAACUUGGGCUUUGAGCAGAACAAACGGAAAAUAUCGCAGCAAUCGCACCAUUCCGAGGAAGGUCCGGCACGAAGGAAAAGUAACCUGCACAACAACAACUUUGACACCUCGUCCAUCCACAGUGAUCGCUACAACGGCGAAGCUGGUGGUCGUGCCAAAAAGCAAUCGUUCUCGGAGGCGCUCGAAAAGAUCGAACGGGAUUACGAUAACUCCCGGCUGGAGCAGUCCUGGAUCUAUUCGCUGUGCAUGCGAUGUCGGGUCGAGUACACAACGCCCUCGUGGGAACCGCCCGGUUGGCAAAAGAUUUGCCCAUAUCCCCUGUGUCCGUCCUACCGCCAGUUCGCCCGGAUCCUGUCGAUCAUUCUCAUAGGUGUACUGCUAUGGAUUACGGCGUUUGUCAUCAUCGGUGAUACGGCCGCGCCCGGCGGACAGCUGUUUCAGCUGGUGGUGCUAACAGUGGCUGCCAACUUUGGUGGUUUUCUCAUCUCCCUAACCACGCUACCCCGGCUGAUAGGUAUGCUGUUGGUGGGCAUACUGUUUCAGAACGUUGGCUGGGUAAAUCUGGACGGUGACUUCCAGAUCGUGACGGCCGAACUGCGCAAACUCGCCCUGGUCAUCAUUCUGGUACGCGCCGGGCUGGAAAUGGACCCGACCGCGUUCAAGAAGAUCUACAAAACCAUCCUGAAGCUCGGUCUCAUCCCGUGGUUCGUCGAAUGCUCGCUGAUUGCGGUGUGCGCACGGUUCUUCCUACAGCUACCGUGGAUGUGGAGUAUCCUGCUCGGUUCGAUCGUGGGUGCAGUUUCGCCGGCCGUCGUCGUGCCCUGCCUGUUCCGGUUGCGUACCAAGGGGUACGGUGUGGUGAAGGGUAUUCCGACGCUCAUUAUCGCGGUAGCCGGUAUCGACGAUGCGGUGUCGGUGGCCGGCUUCGGCAUCAUCUCCAGCAUCAUGUUCAGCACGCAGAGCCUCGGGCUGCAAAUUGCGCAGGCGCCCGUCUGCAUUAUUGGAGGGCUCGGAUUCGGUGUGGUGUGGGGCUUCCUGUGCAAGUACGUACCCGAACCUGGCGAUGCGUACGUUGUUCCGAUACGCACACUGAUGCUGUUCGGUGGCGGACUGCUUGCCGUGUUUGGUAGUGAGGAAAUCAAUUUCGAAGGUGCUGGUCCGUUGGGCGUUGUGUUUGCCGCGUUCACCGCGUCGUACUUCUGGUGCGGACAGGGCUGGGAGUUGGAGGACAACCCGGUGUCGACGGCGUUCGAAAUUUUCUGGAUGAUCUUCGAACCAAUUCUGUUCGGAAUUACUGGUGCUUCUAUCAAGAUUGCUGAGCUGGAUCCUCACAUAGUAUCGAUCGGUGUUGGAAGCAUUUACGUGGUUGCUGUAAUCCGCAUCCUGACCACGGUGGCGAUCGCCUUCGGAGAUAAGCUUAACGUCAAGGAAAAGAUCUUUGUUGCCAUUUCCUGGAUGUCGAAAGCGACGGUACAGGCCGCCCUCGGACCGGUCGCCCUGAAGACGGUCAUGUCGAAUGAAAACCGCACGGAAGAGGAAGUCCACUACGCGGAGAUGGUAAAGAUGGUGUGCAUCAUGAGCAUCAUCCUGACGGCACCGCUCGGUGCGAUUCUCAUUUCGGUGACCGGUACUAAGCUGCUCAAGAAAACGAAACAACAGCUUGAGCCCAUGGAUGGUACGUUGGGCUGGCGGCGAAGCCAUCGACCCUCACUGCACGACAUCAGCAUCAUCGACGAGGAGGAAGAGCGGGAAGAUAUCGAAGGUAUCGCGGACGAGGAUACGGCUGCCAACACGCUGUCCAACGCCCAAACGGCAGCAGCGUUCACCAUCACGAAAUAG